AUGUUUUCGCAAUAUUUGCACGACUUAUCACUUGUUGGUGUUGACGAUGAUGACCUCGAAGUUGAAUUUGAAGGUGGAAGUCUUGGUUCUGGCUUAGCUGAGCCUGAUCUUGAAAGUGAAGCUGAGACAGAUAACAUCAAUGUUGUCAUUAGAGUUCGUCCCCAAAAUGCCCAAGAACUGGAGAGACAUGACAAGCAAUCCAUCAUCUUCCCUGGAGAUGGCGCUCUACAUAUUGAUAACCAAGGCUCCAACAAGACAUUCACAUUCAAUGUGACGUUUGAGCCUGAAGCCCAACAGGAUGAUGUCUUUGACCAUUCAGGGAUCAAGAAACUUAUUGAUAUGUCAAUCAAUGGGUAUUCCUGCACCUGUUUUGCAUUUGGUCAGACUGGCUCUGGAAAGACCCAUACAAUAACAGGUCCCCCAGAUGUGCUCAGUGGUGCAAAUGAAAAGAUGGAUAAUUCCAAGAUGGGCCUUAUUCCAAGAUCAUUUAGGUACCUAUUCCAACAACUAGACAGAAGAAAGGCCACUACCACAUAUACCAUACAUGCAUCCUAUUUAGAGAUAUACAAUGAACAAGUGAUUGAUUUGUUGAACCCUGGCCAGAGGAAGCACCUUUCAGUAAGAUGGAGCAAGACGCAAGGUUUCUAUGUGGAGAACCUGUUUGUUAUUGAAUGUGAGAUGUUGGAUGACCUUCAAGCAAUAUUAGAAGAAGGGUUACGGAACAGACAGACCAGCUCUCACUCAAUGAAUGACUUCUCGAGUCGGAGUCAUAGUAUCCUUACUCUAAUGAUAGAUAGUGAGAUUGCUGACCCUGAUGAUCCUAACCUCUAUAUUACCAAACAUGGAAAACUCACAUUUGUUGACCUUGCAGGCAGUGAAAAGGUGAAAGACACAAAUGCUACUGGAGAAUCCCUUGUUGAGAGCAAUAAUAUAAAUAGAAGUCUCCUAGUUCUUGGUAAUUGUAUAUCUGCCUUGGGGGAUAGUAAGAAGAAACUUGGACACAUUCCAUACAGAGAUAGUAAACUUACUAAAUUACUGGCAGAUAGUUUAGGAGGAAGCGGUGUCACGUUAAUGAUUGCCUGUGUAUCAACUGCAAGCUACAAUGUCAGUGAGACUAUGAAUACACUUAGAUAUGCCAACAGGGCUAAGAAGAUUAAAAACAAACCUGUCAUUAGAAUGGACCCUCGAGAGAAACUAAUAAUGACACUAAAGCGAGAAGUAAAGACCUUGCGCCAAGAAAAUGUUUAUUUACGUCAACAAUUGGAUUUUCCCGAUAGACCUAAAGGUCAACAACUUAAGGAAAAUGACCCCAGGUUCUUGGAGUGGCUAAAACAACAAAAACAAACAAACAAAAAUGGGAAAGACGCAUCAAAAGUAGGAAACAAGAAAUCUGAGAAUUCUGGGAAGGAUAAAGAAAAAAAAGCACUGCCCCCUAGUGAUGAUGGCCUAUAUGAAAUACUUCAGGAGUAUAUGGUUGAGAAUGAAGUGUUAAGAUCAGAGAAUUCAGACCUCCAAGCUAGCCAAGAUCGCUACAGGAGAGACAAACAGGAGAUCGCCAAGGAGAAUGAAAAGCUAGCAAGGAGAUUGGAAGACCUUGAAAGAAUGGGAAUCGCUACUCCACUUUCCAUACACAGUGUCUCCACCUAUAAUGGAAGUUCCGCUUUCUCAUCACGCGAUAUCACGCCCACUAAUUUCUUCCAUCGUCGUCCCAGUUUUGAGUUUUACAAUGGCAAUAAUGGAGGGAGUGGGUAUGAUGUCUUCAACAGCCAAUCUCCACAACAAAGGGGGCAGUAUAUGCCCCAGAGUGGGAAUGCUUCUAUGCCAAAUGACCUGCCAUUUCUCCAGUCCCCAACCAAUGGGUACCCCACACCCCCAGUACAAGGGAGGCCAGCAGGACCCCUCCCCUCACAGAAUCUCCAGCAUCCCCGCAGACCUCCACACAGACUGUCAGACCCCGUAGCAAGAUCUGACAAAAGUCCCAAGAGAAACAACCCUCCUCUACAAGGCUACAGCAAUCGGUUCCGUCACUCGCAUGAGAACUUAUCUCCGAGAACAAUCAACAAAUCACAAUACAGCAAUAAUUAUUCCCAAGGAUCCCCCAGGGAAGAUCCAAGGCUACGCCUAUCUGAUCCCCAGGGGGUUUAUAACCAUGGGCUAGACCCCCGGGGAUACUCAGGUGGUUAUCGGGAGCAGGAACCCUACAGAGCCCCUCCACCUGUUCCCAGAGGUAUACCCCGACAACCAGCUUACCCUGGUUCUGCCCCCAAUAGCAAUCUUCAUGCUCAGGUUCAACCCAGGAAUGAUAAAUCUGCAUAUUCAGAACCUGGUGGCAUUUAUGCUGAUGCAAAAUAUCCUAAACCUAAAAAGAUACCUCAAGCCUUCAUUGAGGAUUCCCAUAGUACUUCAGCAACAGCUGAAGUCCAGCAUAUAAAUGACAAACUACGGGAUGAACUUGCUGCAUUGGACAGUCAGAUCAAAUUCCACUCUACAGGGGGACUCAGGUAGCAGCAAUAUUAGUCACAUACAUUGUAUUAAUCAAACAGACCUAGGCUCCAAUGAUAUUAGUUAGCAGUAGUGAUAUAAGUCCACUCUACAGGAAGGAC